UCCCUGCGCCGGCGCCCGCGGGUCGAGCGAGCGCUGUGCGGGGCUGCGGCCGCCGCUCCCCGCCGGGCGCGCCUUGGACGGGUCCGGAGUCGCGGCCCCAUUAUGGUCAGCCAUGGCGUGGCUGCCGGGCGGGCUGGCCGAGCUGCGCUGGGGCGCACUGGUCGCCCUCUUCGUGGCGGCACUAGCCACGCUGGCCGUGUACCUGGUGCAGUACGCGCUGCUGGCGCUGCGGAGGGGCCGCCCGCCGCCGGCCCCCGCUGCCCCGGAGCAGCGGGACGAGCUGCUGGAGGAGGGCGGCUCGGUGCUGGCCUGGGCGCUGUCGCGGGGCAGCUGGAGGCGGCAGUGGCGGCGGGCCUGGGUGGCGGCGCUCCGAGCCGAGGCGGCGGAGCGGGCGGAUUCUCAGUUGCUCACGUUUGAGGAAGAUGACCCAGCAGAACCACUUGAGCUAGCAGUUAAAGAAGUUACCAGUGUUGUAAAGUCAGCUGGUGAGAAGGUGGUUUCUUGCAAUGUUGUGGGAGAUUCUGUGAAGUUCCUCGUUGCUGUCUCAGCCCCUCCGCCCGCGGCUGCCGAAGCUCAGUCGUAUUUUGUGAAGCUGUCCCCAGUCCACCUGCAGCUUCAGCUCUAUGUGAAAGACAAAGGAGAAGAUGUCAAAGUUGAGUGGUUCCUCAUUAACACCGAUGAAAUCAACUUUGAAAUCCAGCCAGCAGCGCAGGAGGGACAGGCAGCAGGGACAUGUGCAAUAUCUGAAACACUCACAGAUGUCUUGAAGAACCUCUUCAGCUCAGCUUCUCCAUCUGUAGAGUUGAGUGUGAGGCCUGCAGAUACAAAGGAGGUUCAGAAUGUACAGACCACGAGCCUUCUCCCUCAGGGCACCAGUCCUCCCAAGCCUCCGAGGGCUCACGAGCUCAAGCUGCUGGUGAGGAACAUCGCGGUGGAGCCGAGCGAUCUCCGUGCUGCAGGCAGCACCAACCUUGUGUGUAUAGUUCAGUUGAAUGACCCUAUGCAGAAGUUUUCCAGCUCUGUAGCCAAAAAUGCUGCACAUCCCUUUUGGAAGGAAGAGUUUAUCUUUGAACUAAGUGCCAAAUCAAAAGCAUUGCAACUGCAAAUAGUAGAAGAUGGAAAGUUGGACAGUCCUUUAUCUGGGCAGGUGACUGUCCCUCUGGACCUGUUCAGGAAGCAGCCCUGUGGCCAGCACAGCUUUGCCCUGAGCAGCGGAGCCGGAGAGAGGAGCUCAGAGCCAGGGCCCGGGCUGGGCUCCCUCACUGCAGAGUUCUCUUUUAUAGAACCCAGUGAGCUGAAGGCAAGGCAGGUCUCCUCUCCAGUGCUGGCCACCAAGAUCGAGAAGGACCGCACUGUGAUGCCCUGUGGGACUGUGGUCACCACUGUCACUGCUGUGAGAACCAAACCUCGUCUGGAAGGGAGAUCCUCCCCCCUGAGCACAGAUUCUCCUGUGAAAACUCCAGUUAAAGUAAAGGUGACUGAAAAGGAUUUCAUUGUUGAAGCCCUCCAUUCUCAUGGUGCUCCAGUCAGCAAAACUUUGUCAUCUUCAGAUACAGAGCUGCUGGUACUGAACGGCACCGACCCCGUGGCAGAGGCAGCCAUUCGGCAGCUGAGCCAGUCUGCCAAGCAGAAGCUGAAGUCCCCUCGGAAGAAAAGCACCAUUAUCAUAUCAGGGGUGUCCAAGACCUCUUUAUCUCAGGACAGUGAAGCUUCACUGAUGAAGGACUAUGCUGCAGCCAUGGACAGCUCUUGCAGGGAAGCAGAUUCACCCACUGUGGAGGAAAAUGUUGCAAAAAUCACCUCUGACAAAAAGCAGUCAUUGGAUGCUUCAGAAAGAGUCCCUGGCACCGACCCACGGCAAAGCACCCACAAGACCUGGGGUCUGGAGAAUGGCAGCCAGCAGUGGGACACCAGCACACUCUUAGACCAGACCUCUGAAGAAAUAUCUGGGAGCUCAUUAAGUGUUUCAGAAACUGGGAGCAUGAAAAAAUCUAAAGGUGGGAUUUUGAAGAAAAGCGCGAAGCUGUUUUUCCGCCGGCAGCACCACCAGAAGGACCCGGGGAUGAGCCAGUCCCACAACGACCUGGUGUUCCUGCAGCAGCCCCUGUCAGAGGAGAGCCGCAGGAAGGGGGGGACACUCUCCAGAAUCCUGAGCAAGAAGCUCCUUUCCAGGAACAAGAGCAAGAGCAAACUGAACGGGGCCUCAGGAGAGCCGUACCUAUGAACCCAAACCCUCUCCGAUGGGAUUCCUGCUCACCACUUGAGCACUUGUUUACAGAGCAGUACUAGAGAAUACAAAUAUGGCUGAUGACUUGCAUAAAAGGAUGUUCACUAUUAGCAGUGGUCUUUUUGGUUUAUUUUUCCAAAAUGCUUUUUCUCCCUGAUGAUGAAGUCGCUCCUCCAAAUACAAGCAGUGUUGAAUGUGUCCAGCUUUUGGAGGAGUGUGUGGUUUCUUCUGGAAGAGGAGGGAGGAUGAGGAAUGGUGCAGGUGGGGACCAAGAAGGCACCUGAUGUCCUGGGGUGCACUGGGAAGAGCAUCUCCAGCAGGUAAUGCCCCUGUGCCCAGCCCUGGGGGCACCUCUGGCUGCUGUGUCCAGCUCUGGCUCCUCAGCACAGCAGGGCCAGGAGCUCCCUGCCUGGCUUUGUGUCCCCCUAUCUGUCCCUGUCUGUCCCUGUGUCUGACCCUGUGUGCAGAGGUCAGAGCAGGCCCAGGCUCUGCUGCAGGCCCAGCCAUGGCCCCAGAGCCACGGGCAGGGGCUGAGCCCAGCAAUUCCCCUGCCCAGGAGGCACAACUUCUGCCCUGGGCAGCCCUGAGCAGAGGCCAGAGGGGCUCUGGGGUCUCCUCCCUGAGGAUAUUCAGAACUGUUUGGACACAACCAGGGAGCAGGGAGGUGGCAUCAGUGACCCACUGUGACUUCCAGCCUGACUGAUCCUGUAGGGAGGACCCAAAGAUGAUCACCUGAUUUACAUCAACGGGGAGCUCUGAACUGAAACCUCACAGUCACCAGUUUAUGUGACUGAACCUCUACAGAGAGAGAAGACACCACUGUGCUCCCUCACUGCAACAGUAGCACCUGAUUUUUCUAGUCUGAAAGGGGGGGAAAAAAAGAGGCCCAGAUGCAGUUUGUGCUGUAAUUUGGAAGGGUGAGUGUUCAGAAGCAGAAGGAAAAUGCUGACUCAGACACCCUACUGUAAUAACUGUAGCCUGCUAUAAUCACUGCUCAGCCUGUGGAGGUGGAGAGAUGCCUUUGACAUUAGCCAUACAUCAAUCAAUUAUGCAAAUAUCAAUACUAGCAUAUUGUUAAUGUUCUGAUUAAAAAAAGUUAAAACACAGAACUUGGGUGGUUUUGUUUAAAUCUACUUGAAGCUACACACAAACAAAGUAUUUGUAAAAUCUUACAUGUAGCUUUUCUUCCCUGUGUGAAGCUGUACUGCUGAUGCAAAAACUCAUCUAUGGGGCUCUAAUUCCUUCUCCCAAGUGCUUGUUAAACAAGUACAUAAACCAUCAUAUCAAAUGCAAAGCUAGGAGCAGUAAAUGGUGAGUAGAGCAUAGUUAACCCUAGAGUGCUUUUCAUUGGAAAGCUUGUCUUACUUGCCAAACACUUACUGAGGUCUUCAAAUAUACAGUUGUGAAGGAAGCUUUUGAAAAAAUAUGAAUUCCCUUAGUUCAGUUUCUAGAUCUACCAGUGUUGUCAUGUGCUGAGUGGUUGGUCAGAUGAGUUUUUUUAACCUUUUUUCCUUGCUAAAUAUUGCAGCUGGCUCCUUUAAUCUAAAAUGAAAAAACUGAUGGGUGCAAAGGCAUAGUUCUCAUUUUGGCUAUGAAGAAGAGUAAAAUGUCAGUAUUUCACAGGUACCAUCUUUCAUGCUUUACCUGUAUUUUUCCAUCAUCUACAUUCCUGCUGAGGACAAAGGACCAAGCCUGUUCUCUUUAGCCAAGAAAAACAUCCAAUCAUUCCAACUAAAUUACUGACCUGAAUGGUUGAUAGACCUUGUGCCUGCUUUGCCAACAGUGAUUUUUCCCCUGGCCCCUUUCCUCCCUUUAAGCUGUCCAACACUUUGGCAGAUAUUUGAGCUUUCAGCUUAAAGCAUUCAUCAAAAAUACAAAGUUACUGAAGAAUAGAAACACAUUUCAAAUUUCUGAUGGACUCAAGGUAAAUCAAUAUCAAAGCAGAGGGGGUUUGGUUUAUUUUUUACCAAGAAAAUAUUAGAAGUGAAUGGUCAAAAUAUUUUAACUGCUUAAAAAUACUGUUUAUGUGUAACCUCCUAAGAUCACUGUGGUAGUACAGUAGACGAGACUAUCAAAUAGUUGUAUAUUUAAGCAUGCUGCUUGUUAUGAAAACACUUGAAGGCAUUUUAAUGUUCUGUUUUUUGAAAAUUGGGUACAAAUGGAUCUUCUGGAGCUGUAUUGUGCUUGGAAAUCCCAGUUCAGUAAUACAGGUUUUUCCAGCCUGAAUGUGCCUGAACAGUUUUGUUUAUUUCUAAUUUAAUACAAAGUAGAAAUUUUAUUUCUUCAUUUGUUCUACAGUGUUUCAUGGUGUGAGCAUUAAAACCCCUGAUGUCAUGUUCCCUCAACAGGCACUUUUUCUCUUGAUUUUACCAGGAACUCUCUGUGUUAUGGGGAAGGCAGUGGGUCAAGUCCCUGCCAUUGUUAAAUGCUCAGUCUUUGUUGCUGAAAGAUAAAACUACAACUGUUCCCUAACUUCAAGAAAUUCGAAUGAAACUGAGCUUCAUGGGUAGCACAUCCAUACCCUAAAAACAAAGAGCUGUGGAAUUGGGAAUGUAGAAGCAGCACAUAACAUUACUUGAAGUCUUCUUAAAUUACUGAGCUGGGAUUUUAAUUUACAGAAGCUUUAGCAUGUACUGUAGAACAGAGUGAAAUAACAGUGAGUAACUUGCAGGAUACAGCACUAGGAUUUGCUUGUAAUUUACCCCAGAGAAUGGAUACACCUGAAAAAAGUGGUUCAUCUUAAGGUUUUGAUGAUCACUUGAAUGCUUGUCUCAGUGGUGGGAAUGAAGGACAUUCUUUACUGCAAACUGUGUGAUGGUUUGGGCUCACACGUGUUAAGAGAAAAUGAAUUCUCCAGAUAAGGAGAGGAAGGCAUUUGGUGUAAAAAGGCAGUCUGGUUUUUUAUUUACCUUCACUCCUCAGGAAAAUAAACAUUGUUUGGUUUGAUGUUGGAUCUCUGUAUCUGGUGGGUGUGUUCCUCACCUCUUCUUACUCCUCUGCAAAUAAUUUAUGUCCUGCUGUAAAAACAAACUAAGGCACUAAACACUAGGGGAUAAUUGAGUUGUGACAACCCCAAGGACCCACAAUAAUGAAUCCCAUCCCCUCCUUAGGUUGUUAUUUAAGAUCAGGAGAUCUGAGGAUAUACAUUUUUUCUGUACUUGGGUCAGUUUGAGCUGGAUCCUCACAACCUGCAGGAUCCACACUGCAGUUUUGGUCAGAAAGGCUGGAUUUGUCAACUGGCACAAAUAGCACUGUGAUGUGUCCUGUGCAGUUUUUGUUUUACAAAACAAAAACCUUCUGUGUUUUAUAAUUUGAUCUAUUGUUCAAAUGUCUAGUUAUUAAAAUUACAAAGAAUUUUAAUAACUACCCACUUGAACAGUAGAUAAAAUCUUGACAUGAUAUUAUUACAUUGAACACUUGUUGUUUACUGCCUUGCAAUUUAAUUAUGUCAGAACUGUAGAUUGGAAACAACCUAUGAAAUAUUCAUUCCUUUUGUCCCUUUUCUCACACUUGUGUUUCUGGAUGUUCUGUACAGCCAAGAAAGCAUGGGUAUUUCUUUCCUGAGGACUAAGAGAUUAAGGCUUGCUUCUCCUUUCUAAGGAAUUUUUCUGCCUAUACCUGUAACUUCUUUAUUUGUGUUUGUUUUGCUUUAUGGUGUUUAAAUUUGCCAGGAUGGAGACAAGCCCUGUCCUCACCAAGACUUGUCUUAGCUUUAGUGUGAAUUUUGACUAAGUAAAGAGUACAAGAAUUAAAUUACUCUUUGUAGAUGAAAGCAAUAAAACUACCUGAUAUCUCCAAUGGGAAUAUUAGCUAAGUAACUUUGUUAAAGUGAUUGAGAUCCCUUUCAAAGUCACUUUGAAGAGGAAUGGAAGACUUUAUCCCUAGGUCAUUGGUAUUUUUAUAUCCCAUUUGACCCAGGAAGAAAUUAGAGUCAUUUCACUCCUAACAAUAUAUGAAACUUGGGAAUUCUAGGCAGAAGGAAUGCCAGGGUGGAAAAAUUCCAUUUUGAAAACAAAAUACCUUUGCCAAACUUCUUCAGCUUAAUGGACAGGUCAUACACUGUGCAGGCAUAAAUACUGGGUUUUAUUCUUAAGAUUUCUGACAGAUUUUCUUUUUCACUGCUCUUUCUUUGGGAGACAUGUUGGGGCUCCAGGCCAGACCUUGUGCUGUCUUGCUCUUGAGAGGACUGGAUUUAUAGUGCUGCUUUUUUGAUGAAACUGGCUGGCAAUUCCACCAGUUUUGAGGAUCAGUGGAAUUUUACAGCAUUUCCCAGUGCUGCAUGUCCUUGCUGGUUCUAGGUGUUUUUGCAAGUGAAAACUUUCUGCUGUGUAUUUCUUGCAGAGUUCUGCUGUUGUUGAUGUGCAAAAUGUCAUAGGAAAAAACAAAGUUGAAAGCAUAAAAUGCUACCAAAUGUGGAUGGGGAAGCAAAAUAAGAAUCUUACUCUUGUUUCAACACCUAUUUUAGGUCUGGGAGCUCUGGGUGUUGCACAGAGCAAGGUGAAAGCUGCCUGGAUUUUUCAGUUGAGUUUAUUGCAGGCUUUGAUUUGGAGAGCUGAGGUUUGAGAGAAGUGCUUCUACAAUUAACUGUGCCAUAGCUCCAGGGUAAGACAUUCCUGUUGUGAGUGGGAACAGCUGACCUCAUGCUCUGACCUCAACAGGACCUAAGUGGAUUUAUUCAUGUGUUUAAAGUCAGCAUAUGCUUCUGCACAUUGCUAAGCCUCAGCCUUGGUGACAAACAACUCCAGAUUAAUUAUAUAACAAGGGUGAUUACUUUAAGUUAAGGGUGAAUAAUACCACUUCACUCAGGAUAUCCAAACUGCUACUAUGCAAGGUGCUGGCAUGGUGUGAAAAUAGCUGGGAAGGAUGAUCUGAGGUCUUUCCAGUACUAUAACUCUGUAUUUCCCAAUGAUGUAUUAUGCUCUGUGUUAUUCCAAGUGGGGUAAAACGUUUUUUUUCUAGCAUCAGCUGUCAUAGUCACUUCUUCUGUGGUGUGUUUUUCUUUCUGUGCAUACAUAAACUCAAGUUGGUGCAAUUAUAAAAUCUAUGAUGUACAGAUUUAUUAUAUCACUACAAAAACCUAAGAGGAUUUUUUUAAAGAAGUAACUCCUGCUGUACAUACAAUAAAAGCCAAUUGUCUCUG